AUAAACUUUAUAUGGUCAUUAUUUUGUACGUUUCAAAUUAUAAAGUUUUAAAAUAAGUUGUGUAGCCGAAUUCCAAAAUGGUGGACCCUAUCUUUGCCGGUGUUUUGACCUUUAUGUGGAUAACAUUUUUGUGGGAAACUUAUUUAAGUUACAGACAACACAAAGUUUAUCUUAACACUAAAGAUAUUCCUGUGGAGCUCAAAGAUAGUUUAGAUAAACAAACCUUCGAGAAGUCACGACUUUAUCAAGUUGAUAGAUCCAAGUUCGGUUUUGUAUCAUCAAUUUAUUCACAGUUAGAGUUAACGGUCAUUUUGCUAUUUGGUGGAUUGCCAUUUUUGUGGGCUGUAUCAGGUUCACUUAAUGAAGCCUUAGGAUUUGAUGCUACACAUGAGAUUAAGCAAUCCUGUGUUUUCUUAGUGCUUUCAACACUUUUUAGCACAGUAACUAGUCUUCCUUGGAAACUUUAUUCAAAUUUUGUUAUUGAAGAACGUCAUGGUUUCAAUAAACAGACAUUAGGUUUUUAUUUCAAAGAUCUUGUAAAAAAGUUAGUUGUUACAACUGCUAUUUCUUUACCUGUCACAAGCAUUCUUAUUUGGAUCAUCAAAUGGGGAGGACAAUAUUUCUUUAUUUACACAUGGUUGUUUGCUUUAGGUGUUUCCCUGUUUAUGAUUGCUAUCUACCAUGAUUACAUAGCACCAUUGUUUGAUCGUUAUAUUCCCUUGCCAGAAGGUCACCUAAGAACAAUUAUUGAAGACCUUGCAAAACGUGUAAAUUUUCCACUUUCAAAGAUUCUUGUAGUUGAAGGCUCAAAACGAUCAUCACACAGCAAUGCAUAUUUUUUUGGUUUGUACAAAAAGAAGGUAAUUGUUCUGUUUGACACUCUUCUUUCUGUAAGUCCUUUUGAAGAAGAAAAAAAGAUGAAAAAAGUAAAUGAUAAUGUUUCUGAGGAAGCAAAGGAAGAACAAGAAAAGGCAAACGAUAAUGAUAAAGGUUGUACUAGCGAAGAAAUAUUAGCAGUAAUUGGUCAUGAAUUAGGACACUGGAAGCUGAAUCACACUUUAAAAAAUCUUAUCAUAAGCCAGAUAAAUUUAAUUCUUACAUUUUUUGUGUUUGGUUUACUUAUGGAUAACAAAACAUUAUAUAAAAGCUUUGGAUUCUAUAGUCAGGAACCAACACUUAUUGGACUUCUUAUUGUGUUUCAGUUUAUAUUUUCUCCUUAUAAUGAGCUUGUUGGAUUUCUAAUGACUGUUUUAAGCCGGCGUUUCGAAUUUCAAGCCGAUGAGUUUGCCAAAAGUCUAUCUUACUCAAAACAGCUUCAAUCAGCACUUAUGAAAUUAAAUAAAGAAAACCUUGGGUUUCCUGUAGCUGAUGAACUUUAUUCAUCUUACCACUAUUCUCAUCCGCCGUUAUUAGAACGUUUAAAAGCAUUAAAAGUAAAAAGUGAGUGAAAAAUAAAAUCAUAAUUUAAAA